AUGACGGGAUCGUCGGUCACGUCCUCCGGUGGACCGAAGGUCGUUCCCUCCCCCUGGCAAUCGACGACCAAGAACGAGAGGAUCAACAGGAAGGACAACCAAACGCACAGCAAUACCAGUAACGAUGAUUCCUACACCACGUCAAGUCGCGUGACUCCCGCUGCGGGGUAUCCGGGUCCACUCAUCCGUGUCACCCCCACACCCCGCAAACUCCGGAUUGAUCCCGACAACGACCAAAACCUCCACAAGGGCCUCGACGACGACGACGUGAUACGUCCAGUACUACCACCGCUCGAUCGCACUUUGCGACGACAACUGCGGACUCCCACUUCGUUAUUGACGUCGUCGUCGUCACCAACCUUUGCCGUCAACGAAGAAUGCACCUCACUCCAAUUCAGUCCUUCGGGACGUUUGCUCGUGGCCGGCUUUACCGACGGAACCGUCCGACUCUUUGAUUUGACGGGACGUUAUCCCACCGUCUGGACCGAAAGUGGAAAAGGAAUGUCUACGUUCAAUGUCUCUCGGGGUCUGGUCGAUUCCAACCACUUUCAGAAACACGGCGCCGUCGCUUGUCAAAUACACGCCAAGGGAGUGCACACGUCCUUGUUAAUGGACGUGGAUGUUUCCCCCGACGGUCUCUGGUGUUUUGCCGGAGUCCUCCGGGGCAGUAUGGAACUACUCGCCGUGCACCUCGGCGCACUGGAAGCCUCCUACGAUGCCCGGUCUCCACCCACGCAACCACCACAACAGGAUACCCUUCGUCGUCUCAACACCACUAACAACAAGAGCAACGGCAAACAUCACAACCACCCGAACCUGCUCGAUCACGUCACGGUCUACCGACACCAGGACGCCAAACUUCGUGGUUUCGGAGCCUGUACCAAACUUCAGACCAAACAACCCAAAUACCUGCUCUUCACCGGCAAGGCCAUCAAGAACAUUCACAUUUGGAGUUUCGAACCGCCCCGGCAUCCCCAGGCCGAACCCCGUUGGACCCAACUCUACGAUACCAACACCAACGGGAAUACCAUCAAACUUUUGCAAUUCCGUCACGAUCCCCUCGGGAAUCUACAGGGGGUUUCCAAAUCGGACGGACAAAAGCUCCGCGUUUGGGAUCUACGGCCGGAAGAAAAAUCCACGUCCAAGCCGCGGCUCGCCCGUCCCAAGUUUGUCGACGUCGCCCACACCGAAGCCACACUCGGGGUUGCCGGUGGCUACUGUCUCUGCGGUGGCAGCGAAUGGUACAACCAAAUGAGCAUCGUCCACCUCGACGUCGAUCGCCAGCAACUACAUUCACCCUACAAUCACACCGAAAUCGCCCUCCCCGGCACCAACGCACCGUCCAUUCGAUCCUCCCGUAGACCCCAACGGGGCGAUCUCAAAUGCAUACAAGCCGUCAGUGGUAUGGUGGCCGACGCCGGUCGUGUACUUUUGGAACUCUCCGACGGCACCGUCCUCCAGUACGCACCCCACGCCGACGGGGGAUUGCCGCGGCUCCAACCUCUCCCCGGCAUUGCCCCCCUCGCCGAAGGCGACGCCCGCAAAAUAAGUGUCGGUCGCGUAGCGGCCGAACGCGUCGCCCUAGCAGCCGUCGCCACUUAUCAUCCCGCGACCGGCCACGGAACGAUCCAACUCCUCGCCCUCGAUCCGUUGCCACCGGAGAGUCGGACCCUUCCCGUCGGUGGGACCCCGCAGCGUCGCGAUGUUGUCGUCGAGACGACGCGUCUCGUUGUCCCGGAGAACCGGACCUCCCCGUCCGGCGUCACCGUGAGUCCGGUCCCACCCCGCGUCUCACCGAAGCUCCAGGCUGUGGUACAGACCCCACGGGUGCCGGUCGAGAAAGCCGGAAACGAGACACCGGUUCCCCAACGUACCUUGGAUUCCGCCUUGCAAAAGGUACAGGGAAUGCACGGCGCUGGGGCAUCCGGUCAGCCGUCCACCACGAGUGCCGUUCCACCAACGGCGGUGCGUGUCCCCGAACCAGCCCGCCCCCAUAAAUAUCGCAAAGCCGAAGACGGUGGAAAAGUGAAGGCGGCGCUUCAGCAACCGCAGCGUGCCGAUGCCCCGGUCCGCGAGGUGCGGUUGGAGAAACCUAACCAACGUACCUUGGACGCCGCCGUGCGAAAGGCACAGGGAACGCACGGUGUUGGGGCACCCGGUCAGCCGUCCACAACGAGUGCCGUUCCACCAACGGCGGUGCGUGUCCCCGAACCAGCCCGUCCCCAUAAAUAUCGCAAAGCCGACGACGACGGAGGAAAAGUGAAGGCGCCGCUACGGCAACCGCAGCGUGCCGAUGAUCCAGUCCGAGGGGCGCCUUUGCGGUCGGAGAAACUGAACCAGUGUCUCGACCGCGUGGAAGUGGCCGCUGUACCUUUACCGGUCACGGCCAUCGCCACCAAGCCCACGGCGCCGACCCUUGUCAUUCCCCGCAAGCGUUCGGUCGUCCAGCCCGUUCCGUCCUCCGUGGAACCGAACCUUCUGACUAUCGCCAGUGCGCUGUACCAAAUGGGUGCGGUCGACCGUCGGAACGCCGCCAAGGCCCAGACUGAUCCUUCCGCACGCCGCGUCAGCCCGACGCCACCGGUAUGUGCGAGUCCCAAGCCGACGGCUAAGGCACAGGCGCCCCCGAGUGGACGCGGACCCGGCCGACCGCGCAAGGACGACCCCGCACUCCAUCCCUUGAUCCGAGAAUACUGUGUACACCAGCAAACGAUCGUUUUGCUGGAAUUGUCCAAGAUUACGCGCAGUCGCUUCGCCGCGGAAGCAGUGGUGGAAUCCGACGAAACAACGGGAGUGGACGUGGCACGCCGCCGACUGGCGUCCCACCAAGCCGCCGAACACGCGCAGCUAGCCAAGCGCAUUUUGCAAGCAACGUUGCGCGAACUGGAGACCGUGGCGCACGAACCCAGUGUAGCGAUAUGGAUCGAAGCAAAGUUGUCGCUGGAAACCAGUGUUGGCUCCUAUCUGGCAACUGCGGAGGAUGUGCGGCGACGCCACGAACUCGAGGCGGAGAGUUUGGCGGCGCAGCUGGGACAGACGGCAGCCCAUCUUUUCGUUGCCUUUCCGUACCAACACGUGUUUGAAUUGGCGGGAGUCUGUUUUGCGACCCUACCGUCUCUUUCCGAUUCUUAA